AUGACCAAUGUGUGGUCAGCAAAAAACGGAAUGGAUGUUGACGACGUCUGGGACGACACAGAGCUUAUCAAAAUGUAUGAUCAAUCCAUACAAGAAGUUUAUAGUCAGAAAUCUGGAGUGACAGAAAGACAAUUCAAAGGAGAAGACGGAAAAACCUACACAUGGAAAGUUGGAGGUCACUGCAUGGCUCCUUUCGAAGAUGAGUACUUUCCUGCAACUAUUGAUUCAAUUGGUGGUAAGAAUAACCUCCAAGUUCAAGUAACGUUUUUCUACUAUGGAAACCAAGAGAAUGUCCACAUGAAGGAUCUUUGGAUGAACGAGGAAGCCAUUUCUAAAGCAGUAGCUUUGGAACAGCAAAAAGAAUCAGAGAAGAAAUCCUCAAAAGCUUGCUCCUCCCACACAUCAUCCAAUCAUCUGUCAUCCGCCCCACUUCCCAAUUUUGCCCCUCCGGUUCCUCCCAACAUCAUCGCGAUGGCACCUGCUAAUCAGCAAGAGGCUUUGAGCAGCAUGCUGAUGAGUUGGUAUAUGAGUGGAUACCACACCGGCUACUAUCAAGCGCUAUCGGACAACGCUCACAAACAUUGA